AUGGCCCCGGAAAACGAAGUCACGCUCUCUUCAGGACAAAGUAGCAAUUUGGAAAAAUGGACUCAGCCUGCCUCCAAUCCUUGCUCUCCCAACAAAUUCUGGUUAAAAGCGCGUAACUGGUCCCGAACGAUCGGAGUGGAGGAAUUUGGCGUUGAACGCGUUCCUGAGGACAUGCGAACCGACCAAUCCCCUCGAGACUUGUUUACAAUGUUCUUUGCUGCAAACUGCAAUAUGUCCACUCUGGCAACUGGGUUCUUGGGUCCUACAACAUUUGGACUUGGCUGGUGGGACUCCUGUCUUGCUAUCAUCUUCUUCAACUUGAUCGGCGCUGCCGUACCAGCACUUACAGUGCGUUUUGGUCCUAAACUCGGGCUUCGCACCAUGCUUGUCCCCCGGUAUUGUUUUGGAUGGUGGCCUUCCAAGAUUCUUGCUGUCUUCAAUCUGGUUGAUGCCCUUGGCUGGGCCGCCGUGAACACACUUUCUGGCGCGGCGGUGCUGCAUGACGCUGGGGGCGGAAAACUACCAAUGACAGUGUCUAUACUCAUUAUUGGGCUCGUGGCUAUCAUUCUUGGCUUCUUUGGGUAUCGAGUACUCCAUAAAUAUUCGAGAUAUUGCUGGAUUGUGACAAUCAUUUGCUUGGCUAUCACUGCGGGAUUCGGAGCUCGGCAUUUCAUUAAUGUGCCUAUGGGCCACGGGUCCACCGAAUCCUCACAUAUCCUCUCUUUCAGCACUGCCAUUAUUGGAUUUGAAGUUGCUUGGGCGACGAUAGCGGCAGACUAUAGUGUCUAUAUACGCGAGACAGUCAGUGACAAUGUAAUGUUCUCAUGGACCUAUGCUGGCCUUUUGACUAGCCAAAUAUCGAUCGAGCUAUUGGGCGCUGCGAUUGGAUCACUCUGUUUCAGCCCUAAUCCGCGGUUCAAAGCCUCAUACGACCGAGGUGGGAUUGGCGGGCUCAUUGGCUCUGUUUUUGAAGAUAUACACCCUGGCGUCCGUGGCCUGGGAUACUUGAUUGAAGUGCUCCUCGGCUUGUCGGCAGCUGCUGUCACAACAACAAAUGUGUAUUCCCUGGGCCUGGCGGGGCAAAUGGUCUCAAAGAGGCUUCUUGUUGUGCCUCGUCUAGUUUGGUCAUUGGUCGGUAGUAUGUGCUAUCUGGCGAUUGCUAUAAUCGCUAGGAACUAUUUGGAGGACGUUUUGAAGAACUUUUUGUUGAUAUGUGCGUAUUGGACUGUUCCCUUUUGUGUUGUUCUUCUCGCUGAGCAUUACGUCUGGAGGAGUGGCUACCAAUAUGACCUUGAUGCGUGGAACGAUCAAAAGAUGCUUCCGCAUGGAAUUUCCGCAUCUGUUUCUUGGGUUAUUGCAACAGUUCUUGCUGUUAUCUCCAUGAGUCAACAAUGGUGGGUAGGUCCCAUUGCCGCUGCGAUAGGUGGCUCAGCCGAGGGUACUGAUAUAAGCUGGAUUCUGGCUGCGGUGAUGUCUGUGGUGCUCUAUAUCCCUUUGAGAGUAUGGGAACGGAAAUUAUGGCAUUUGUAA